AGCGAGGAACAAGGCUUUCCUGCCUUGACCUUGUAAAUACAUGUUUAUAAAGCUGUAUAUAUAAUACAUAGAGAUUGAUAAGACAUACUCCUGUUCCGGGAAACGCAGGCACCGCGUGUUUGGAAAGAAAUACAGCUGGGCUGUGUGACAAGCUCCCCAGUUUGUGCCCUGCUGUGUGCUCAGGGAACUGUGCGACCCUAGGAGGGAUUUGACAAGAUCAAAGCUGCAGGAAAAUGGACAGUGAGGUUCAGAGAGAUGGAAGGAUCUUGGAUUUGAUUGAUGAUGCUUGGCGAGAAGACAAGCUGCCUUAUGAGGAUGUCGCAAUACCACUGAAUGAGCUUCCUGAACCUGAACAAGACAAUGGUGGCACCACAGAAUCUGUCAAAGAACAAGAAAUGAAGUGGACAGACUUAGCUUUACAGUACCUCCAUGAGAACGUGCCCCCCAUUGGAAACUGACACUUGGCUCCUUUCUUGCUGACGAAUUUUCUAAAAGUACACAGAUUAAAAAAUGUUUUGUUUCAGUCUCCUACUUCAAAUCUUUGAGUAAUAAAUCAGCACUCAAAAAUGUAUACCCUUUUAGUUUGUGGUAGCAAAGUACAAUGUGAAAAUGUUCACCAGAAUGAGAAAUAGAUUUCUCAGUAAUGCUGAAUAUUUGGCUCUUUAAAAACUCUUCCUUGAGUAGCUUGUAUUUGAACAUGAUUAGUUAAACAUUUGCCUUUACCUCUGAUUUUGCUUUGCCGUCAAAGUUUAACACCUACCAGCUACUUAGGUGUGUCCUGUAACACAGGUGAUUGGAGGUAUGAGAGGGAAAGGCAAAGAAAAAGGAAGCAGACACUAAGAGAAUUAUUAACUUCUCAUACUCCCCCACAUUGAGAAGCAUUCGGAGUGGAUUUAGCCUGUAGUUGUUGUGAUAUGCAGAUAUUCCAAUCUUUGGUUACUGGCAUUCCUAAGAUUCUUCAUGGUGUUUUCAAACUUUGGAUGAAUUUACAGAUUAGAAAGAUAGCUGACAGUUACCUCUGUCCUCCCUACAACUUCCUUUUAUGCUGCUGGAAAGGAUCUUUGGCUAGGUGAACCACUAGUUUUAUUCAGUAAUGGCAUUUCUUAUUUUCUCAAAGCCCGUUCAGAUAUAACCACACCACUGUGGAAUCAGCAUUUAGUUACAUAUUUGUAUAAGAACCUGUAUUUUGAAAAACACAUUCAUGUAUAUUUAUUUCCUGGAAUUAUUUGCCUGGUAAACAGUGUUUUUCAUGUUCUCUGCCUAGAUUUAAACUCUGUGAGAAGCAGCCCUGGCUGCUUGUAUCUGUAUCCCUUGUUGAAACUCUGAAAAUACUAAAUAACUAAAAUCUCUUCUCAUCCUUUU